AUGUAAAAUAAUAACGAGGCAUAUCUCUUAGAAGAAAAUGCUAAAUUGCGAAAGAAUCUCAUUGAAUUGGAGACCAAUCUACAAGAAUUGGUGAGACAGGAUUCAUUGAUUGAAAAGUGGACAGUGAUGAAGAAUUUCGUGCUUGUUUCAACUGAGGUGGAACGUCUGUCUUUGGCCUAUGUGGCAUUGGAGAAGUAGCAUCAGACCUUAUUAAAUGCAUAAAAUAAGGAUGUAGUGCAUAGUGAUCCUAAAUUGAAGAAGUUGAUAAAUUAAUUGGAGGAAUUGAAUGAAAUAAUGAUUGAAUAAUAAAAGAGAAUAGAGGAAUUAAAUAAAAACAAUGCUUUGCUUAAGUAAUUGAUGAACGAAACAAAUCAGAAGAUGCAAGUCUUGACGGACAUUAAUAAGCAAUUAAAACAAGAUGAGCAAAUUCUGAAGUAAGAUAAAUCAAAAUUAUAAAAAUAAUUAUUGGAAUCGAAUGAUGAAUUGAAUAAUGUAAUGUAAACUCUAAAGGAAUGUGAAGAUAUGUUUAAGAGCACUUUAUUAAAGCAGGAGACAGUCAUCAAGAAUUUAUCUUAGCAAAGUGAAGGUUUCAAUUUGGAGAAUGCUAAGAAGGAUAAGCUGAUUGAUUCAUUGAUGAAGAAGAAUAAUGACCUUAUUAAUGAUAUUGAGAAAAUAGAUAGAAAGUUUAAUGAGUAAUCCGUUUAGAUGAAGAAAGUAUCAAAAAUGUAUGAAUCAUUGGAAUAGGAGUACAACAACUUUAGAUUGCAACAAUAAGGCAAUCAAUCUGAAUUUCAUUCAUUGACUAAGAGAAUUGAGCAUAAGAAUUAAGUUUUGAUAGACUUAGAAAAUAAAUACGAUAAGUUAACUGUGAUAGUCAAAGCAUAGGAAGCUCAGUUGGAGGAAAAAGAUUAAUAACUUAAACAUCUGAAGUAAAAAUUGAUUGAGUAGUAAAAUUUGUUGAAAGAUGCGAGAAACAGUAAUAAGUAGGUUAAAAGUGACAAUGAGAGUGAAAUUAAAUAAUUGAAUACUCAGGUUAAGAGACUUCAAGAGAAAAUAGUAGAGAUAAGGCAAGAACUUGAAAGAGAGAUUGUUUUGAAAGAAAAGUUGCAACUUAAAAAUCAAAAUUAGGAUGCUGAAUUUCAAACGCUAUUUAGUUAAAAUGAGAUUUUGAAGUAGGAAUUAAAAGAAUUAAAGAAAUAGAUUUUUGAGUUGUAAUAAACUGUGAAUGUAGAGAAGAAUAUGUUCCUCAAGGUUUAAUUGGAAUGCACAGGGUUAAGAGAUUAGAUUAGAUAGGCCUAGGAGAAGAGUUAGGUUGAGGGACAAAUGAAUCUGGAAGAGGAGUGUUUUCAGUUGAGGAAUGAAUGUGAACAAUUAAGGAAUGAGGCUUAAUACUUUAAAUAUUAAAAUUAUUAGCAGUUGUAGUAGAUUGAGGAACUCAGACAAACAAAAACAUAUUUAAGUAAUAUCUUGAUGGACAGAAGACAAUAUUGA